UCUCUUUAAAUAAACACUGUCUUUGGCAGGAGAAAAACCAAAGUCGGAGGAACCAGAGAUGUCCAAACCAGCAAGACGACACCUCUGCUCUCAGUGUGGAAAGAGUUUUAUCAAGUUAGGAAGCCUGAAAGCUCAUGAGCGAAUACACACGGGGGAGAAGCCUUACCAUUGCUCCCAUUGUGGAAAGAGUUUUAGCCAGUUAGGAAGCCUGAAAGCUCAUGGCCGAAUACACACAGGGGAGAAGCCUUACCACUGCUCACAUUGUGGAAAGAGUUUUAACCGGUUAGGAAGCCUAAUUGCUCAUGAGCGAAUACACACAGGGGAGAAGCCUUACCAUUGCGACCAGUGUGGAAAGAGUUUUAACAAGUUAGAUAACAUGAAAUCUCAUGAACAAAUACACACAGGGGAUAAGCCUUACCACUGCUCCCAGUGUGGAACUAAGUUUACCAAGUUAGGAAGCCUGAAAAGACAUGAGAGGACACACACCAAAGCGAAGCCUUUCCAUUGCGCCCUGUGUGGAACGAGUUURAACCAUUUAGGAAACCUGAAAAGACAUGAGAGAAUACACACAGGAGAGAAGCCUUUCSAUUGCGCACAGUGUGGAAAGAGUUUUAGCUUGUUAGGAAACCUACAAUCUCAUGAGCGAAUUCACACAGGGGAGAAGCCAUACCAUUGCACCCAUUGUGGAAAGAGUUUUAACCAGUUAGGAAACAUGAAAUAUCAUGAGCGAAAUACACACAGGGGAGAAGCCAUACCAUCGCGCUCUGUGUGGAAAAAGUUUAACGGAGUUAGGAAAGCUGAAAGCUCAUGAGCGAAUACACACAGGGAGUAGCCUUACAAAUGUUACUUAAAAGGCAUGUAAGAAUCCACAGAAAAAUAACUUAUCCUAGUGUGUACACUGAUAUUUCAUUGACUUUAAGUUCAUCAGAGAACAUACACAGUGCUCCCAUUGUCUUAUAUUGUUGACUGAGAAUGUGUUUACUUGUUUAUACCAUAUGAAAUMGAAUUGUACAAAGUAUACUCCAAAAUAUAUUUGUAUGUCUUUGUUAGAAAUCAUGAAUUGAAUAUGGAGUAUUUCAGUUUGAAUAUAGAGUAGAUUAGAUUCCAUGUGUUUAAAUGGUCCUUUUUUAAACUCUAUGUGUGUGUUUAUCUGGGUGUGUCAUUCCUCCAGCACUACAGAUAAUCAAGUGAUAUUUGGAUGUGAUGCAUUUUCUCCAUUGUUCACAUUUGCAUCGUUUGCCCACUGAUGAUUUAAUGAAAUGAAAAUGUUCACAGACUCGCCCACGGAUUAAAUAAAAUAAAUAAAGAAUCUUGGUUUUA